ACUUUUACAACUAUUUUUUUCAUUUUAAUUUUUAAUUAAUUUUAUUGUUUUUUCCCCUUUAAAGACGACCCUUGCCAGAUAUUCCAUGACCACCGGGCCCCACUCCCUACUCCUAUAUACCGGCACCCACACUCUCACACCACACACCAUUCUCUCUCUAUCUCUCCUUGUCUCAGCCUCGAUCAUUUCACUCGCAGCUCGCCGGCGACGGCGCUCGUCUCCGUCUGCCGCCACUUCUCCUCCGUAGCCUGUUCCGAGUAAUUGGAGAAGUGAGAUUUACUUGCUGGCUCUCUCAGUCGGUCAUUCGUAUUGUCGGUGAUUGUAUUUGCAUUCGUAUUUUCGGAGGUUGAUCGCGCUGCGCGAUGGCGAUGGCGGCGAUAGGAGGACUGAGGGCGCCUUGCUCUCCCAACAACUGCGGGGAUCUGAACCGGAGUCGAUCGCAGUUGGCUGCUUACCGAAGCCUGUCCUUUUCGUCCUCCGAUCUCUCUGGCCACCGCUUAAUUCCAUGCGAAACGGCGGUUGGUGGAAGCAGAAGCACCAGGCAACCCGUGAUCGUUUCUCCGAAAGCCGUUUCUGAUUCCAAGAACUCGCAAACAUGUCUUGACCCCGACGCUAGCCGUAGCGUCUUGGGAAUUAUACUUGGAGGUGGAGCUGGGACCCGGCUAUACCCACUUACAAAGAAGAGGGCCAAGCCUGCUGUUCCCUUAGGAGCGAACUACAGGCUGAUUGAUAUUCCCGUGAGCAAUUGCUUGAACAGUAACAUAUCCAAAAUCUAUGUUCUUACACAAUUUAAUUCUGCGUCUCUUAAUCGCCACCUUUCACGGGCGUAUGCAAGCAACAUGGGAGGUUACAAGAAUGAAGGAUUUGUUGAAGUCCUCGCUGCCCAGCAGAGCCCAGAAAAUCCUAAUUGGUUUCAGGGUACAGCUGAUGCAGUCAGGCAGUAUUUGUGGCUGCUUGAGGAGCACAAUGUUUUGGAAUUCCUGGUUCUUGCUGGGGAUCAUUUAUACCGUAUGGAUUACGAGAGAUUUAUUCAAGCACACAGAGAAACCGAUGCAGAUAUCACUGUAGCUGCACUGCCAAUGGAUGAAAAGCGUGCCACUGCAUUUGGUCUGAUGAAGAUUGAUGAGGAAGGACGAAUAAUUGAAUUCGCAGAGAAACCUAAAGGAGAGCAGCUGAAGGCUAUGAAGGUUGACACCACUAUUUUAGGUCUUGAUGAUGAGAGAGCUAAAGAGAUGCCAUACAUUGCAAGCAUGGGUAUAUAUGUCUUCAGCAAAGAUGUGAUGUUAAACCUUCUUCGAGAUAAGUUCCCCGGAGCCAAUGACUUUGGUAGUGAAGUUAUUCCAGGUGCAACUUCAAUUGGCAUGAGGGUGCAAGCUUACUUGUAUGAUGGCUAUUGGGAAGACAUCGGUACAAUUGAGGCAUUUUAUAAUGCAAACUUGGGGAUCACAAAGAAGCCAGUGCCAGAUUUCAGUUUCUAUGAUCGCUCAUCUCCAAUCUACACCCAACCUCGUUAUUUGCCUCCUUCCAAGAUGCUUGAUGCUGAUGUUACAGACAGUGUUAUUGGUGAGGGCUGUGUGAUUAAGAACUGUAAAAUUCACCACUCUGUUAUUGGGCUUCGGUCUUGCAUAUCAGAAGGAGCUAUACUGGAAGAUACAUUGGUCAUGGGUGCAGAUUAUUAUGAGACCGAUGCUGACAGGAAAUUUCUGGCUGCAAAGGGCAGCGUUCCAAUUGGCAUAGGAAAGAGCUCUCACAUCAAGAGAGCAAUAAUUGACAAGAAUGCUCGCAUUGGUGACAAUGUGAAGAUCAUCAAUGGCGACAACGUGCAAGAGGCGGCAAGGGAAACCGAUGGAUACUUCAUUAAGAGUGGGAUUGUGACAGUAAUCAAGGAUGCUUUGAUUCCCAGUGGAACCGUAAUCUAGGAAGUAGUUGAGAUGAUGUUUUCUGUGGACACGCUGAAGAAUGAUGCACUGAGAAACCCAAAAUUCCACUACACGUUGGCCUCAUUUCGAUGCACAAUGCAUAUUUCCUGGAGCAAAGUCUACGAGAUGGAAGAGGGGAUAUGCACUGUGAAGGAACUUUUUGUCGUCUUAAAUAAAAGUGAUAUAUAUAUAUUUUGCCUGCAAGUGUCUCCCUCUUUGUUGGAGAAAAUCAAAUAUGAUUUUUAUUUUUUAUUUAAA